UCUCCUCAACACUACUUCCGGUUCCGGAGGCUUGACGCGGGAAACCGGCGAGUAGAAGAAGAGCUCGAUCGUCGAAGUUAUCUCUGUGUUUAACGUUACAUCGAAUAUCCUCACCUCCGGGAAACACGGCUAUUGUUAUUUAUAAAGUCGCUCUUCACCCAAAAGAUGGGAGACACGCUGGAGUUUAAUGACAUUCACACAGAGCUGAAGGGAUCGUGGAAUGAUGGCCGGCUGAGGUUCAGCAAGCAGUCUGUGGUCUAUAAAAGCCACAAAACAGGGAAGGUGGACAGUAUCCCGGCCCCUGAGCUCUCUGCGGCCCAGUGGCGUCGCGUCUGUCUGGGUCACGGGAUCAAACUGGCCACCAGCACCGGACUCGUCUACAGAUACGAUGGCUUCAGAGACACCGAUUUUGAGAAAAUCGCAGCAUUUUUUAAAACAAACUACAAGGUUGAGUUGGCGGAGAAGGACAUGUGUGUGAAGGGCUGGAACUGGGGCACUGCCAAAUUCACAGGGUCUCUGCUGUCGUUUGAUGUGAGCGACAGUCCCGUCUUCGAGAUCCCGCUGUCCGGCGUAUCCCAGUGUGCAACGGGGAAGAACGAGGUGACGGUGGAGUUUCAUCAGAAUGACGACGCGGAGGUGUCUCUCAUGGAGGUCCGCUUCUAUGUCCCGCCCAACACCGGAGACGACGGCUCGGACCCUGUGGAGGCGUUCGCUAAGAAUGUUCUGUCGAAGGCAGAUGUCAUCCAGGCUACCGGAGACGCUGUGUGCGUCUUUAAAGAGCUUCAGUGCCUUACACCCAGAGGAAGGUAUGACAUCCGUAUCUACCCCACCUUCCUGCACCUGCACGGGAAGACGUUUGACUAUAAGAUCCCCUACACCACCGUCCUGCGGCUCUUCCUGCUGCCGCACAAGGACCAGAGGCAGAUGUUCUUUGUGAUCAGUCUCGACCCGCCCAUUAAACAGGGUCAGACGCGUUAUCAUUUCCUCAUCCUCCUCUUCUCCAAAGAUGAAGAGCUCAGUCUUGCUCUGAACAUGAGCGAGGAUGAGGUGGAGAAGCGUUAUGAAGGCAAGCUCAGUAAGAACAUGUCCGGGCCGCUCUACGAGAUCGUCAGCAGGGUCAUGAAGGCUCUGGUCAACAGGAAGAUCACGGUGCCCGGGAACUUCCAGGGUCACUCGAGGUCUCAGUGUAUAACGUGUGCGUAUAAGGCGAGCUCAGGGCUGCUGUAUCCUCUGGAGCGAGGCUUCAUUUACGUGCACAAGCCGCCGGUUCACCUGCGCUUCGAGGAGAUCUCCUGCGUUAACUUCGCCAGAGGAACCACCACCACCCGCUCCUUCGACUUCGAGAUCGAGACCAAGCAGGGUAACCAGUACACCUUCAGCAACAUCGAGAGGGAAGAAUACGGAAAACUCUUUGACUUUGUCAAUGCCAAGAAGCUGAACAUCAAGAACAGAGGAUUUAAAGAGGGCAUGAAAGGCGCAGAAGGCUACAGCGACUCUGAUGAAGACCAGCAUGACGCUUACCUGGAGCGAAUGAAAGAAGAGGGCAAGAUCAGAGAGGAGGGAGACGGCAGCGACGAAUCCGAGGGCGAUAGCGGUACUGACACACCUCAAACGAAAGAUAUAAGGCGCUUUCCACUUUAUUUAAUUUAGAAAAUUAACCGGGUC